AUGGGGGCAGGAGCUCUGACCAUCUGUCACAAUAAGGCAGCGGUGAAGGUGAAAGAAGACAUGUUGAAGAUGGUUCAGAUCCCCAUUCUGAAACCCAGAGGUACGGUCAACAAGCAGGCCAGAGUGUUCGGGAAGUCUCUGAGCGAACUGCAAGAGCAAGGGUUACUGAAGGAUGGGCUGCCUCUUGUGGUUAGGAGAAUGGUCGAGCAUCUCCGCACUCACGGUGUGACUCAGGAGGGGCUGUUCCGUGUGAACGGGAAUGUCCGCGCUGUGGAGCUCCUGAGGCAGCGGCUGGACCGGGAGGACAUGGAGGAGGACAUGGAGGAGCUUGGGCAGGAGGCUGACGUCUCUGCUGUGGCCAGUCUGCUGAAGCUGUACCUCCGAGAACUGCCCCAGGCCCUCAUCACCCCCGCCGUGCAGCAGGCCCUCAUACACCACUACCAAGUAGACCAACAAGCCGGCUUCCGAAAAGAGAGAUCGUGCACGGACCAGAUCGCAACCCUGCGCAUCAUUCUGGAACAAUCCUUGGAAUGGAAUUCGCCCAUGUACGUCAACUUCAUCGACUACGAAAAAGCGUUCGACAGCGUGGACCGGCAAUCCCUAUGGAAACUACUGAGACACUACGGUGUGCCAGAAAAGAUCACCAACAUCAUCAGGAAAUCUUACGAAGGGAUGACCUGUAGAAUCGUCCAUGGCAGACAGCUCACUGACGCCUUUGGAGUGAGAACCGGAGUGAGGCAAGGCUGCUUACUCUCACCUUGCCUAUUCUUGCUGGCCAUAGACUGGGUAAUGAAGACAUCGACGAACCAGAUGCGAAAUGGAAUCCAGUGGACACUCUGGGAACAGUUAGAUGAUCUAGACUUUGCUGACGAUUUGGCCCUUCUCUCCCACACCCAUCAACAGAUGCAGGAAAAGACCAGCAGGGUAGCAAACAACUCCGCUAGACUGGGCCUCCACAUCAACAGAGGGAAGAGCAAGGUGUUUAAGAUCAAUGCAUCCAACAACACACCCAUUACAGUCCAAGGCGAGGCGCUGGAGGAGGUAGACAGCUUUACAUAUCUCGGCAGCAUCCUGGAUAAAUAUGGGGGAACGGAUGAAGAUGUCAGAACCCGCAUCGGUAAAGCGCGAACAGCCUUCCAACAGCUGAAGAAUAUCUGGGGAUCCAGCACAAUUAGCAUCACCACCAAGAUCAGGCUCUUCAAUACCAUCGUGAAGCCAAUACUCCUCUAUGGAGCAGAGACCUGGAGAACCACUGUGGUCACCAUAAAGAGAAUCCAGGUCUUCAUUAACUCCUGCCUCAGGAAGAUCCUCAAAAUCCGAUGGCCAGAAAAGAUAUCCAAUGAAGAAUUAUGGACGAAAACGAACCAGCAGCCCGUUGACGAAGCUAUCCUUCAGAGACGCUGGCGAUGGAUAGGUCACACCCUCCGCAAGUCCGCGUCCAGUAUAACUAGACAAUCUCUCACCUGGAAUCCUCAAGGAAAGAGGAAGAGAGGGCGACCUAGAAACACCUGGCGCCGAGAUCUGGACGCAGAUGUCAAGCAGAUGGGAAAGACGUGGGGGCAGCUGGAGAGACUCGCCCAGAACCGAGAUGCCUGGAGGAAGCUGGUCGGCGGCCUAUAUUGUGGAGAGAGUGGCUCUUGUUCUGAUGUGGCAAACCUGCUCAAGAGGCUCCCAGAGGUCCACUUCAGCCUCCUCCGAUACCUCUGCUACUUCCUCACUCAGGUGGAGUGCAACCACAAGGAGAACCGCAUGACCGCACACAACCUGGCCACUGUGUUUGGACCAAGUGUGUUUCAUGUGGCUGCGAGUUUUGAGGCAAUGAAGGACCAAACGACAUGCAACAAAAUCCUGGUCAAACUCAUCCAGAACUACAGCAGCAUCUUUGAGACAGAAGUGGACAUUGAGCACUACUUGGAAGACUUCCCAAACCUCAUCGUUGUCAAGGAGGCACAAUCAACAGAAGGGGACACAAGGCAGUUAUGGAGUCGUCCUGAUUCAAUAACACCACAGCCAGCUCCCAGGAUAAAGCAUGGAACUAUAACCUCCACCACAAAAUCUCAAUCACAGCAACAACUCAACACGGAUGCUCCUAAACCAAGAUCAAGAAAAGCGAAGGUGAGGAAAUCUCAGAGGAGUGACACAGCGGGAGAUCAAGUUCUACCCAAGUCCGACCGGUCUGCAGGGGAGCCCAAUGUCAGGCCUGUGUCCCGUCCGGUCAUCCGAAGUCCGGAAAGAUCAGAAGCUGCGUUGAAACCACGGCUCUGCUGUCAUCAAAGCAAAGCCCCUAACCCCUACAGCGUGGACACCAGCUCAUCAAACGGCAUGGGCAGUGUGAGGAGUGCCCAGGAAGAAGAUUGUGACGAUGAUGACAAAGAGAGACCAAUAUCUCCAUUCUACAGAAGUCACCUCCUCUCUCCAAGACACCGCACACCAGAUGCGGUAGAUUAUUUGGAAGGAACUAUUCGGUCAACAGUGGAGCAGCAUCUCUUUGGUGUUAACGGCUGGAGGGGUCAAAGGUCUCGGGUCUCAUCACCGUGUCCCAAGAGUCCAGAAGGGACUCCCAGCAGCGCCCGAGAGAGACGGCGAAGCCAGAGGCAGCGAGACGCACAGAGUCCAUGCCACAGGAGCAGUGCUGCAUCCGCCCGCACAGACACCAAUAAGGAGAAUAUCCAGUCGAUCCACCGCUUCAGUGCUGGUGCCGAGCUGGUGGAGAGCUCAGGCCACUGUAGCCCCGUAGAGCGGACACCGAGGGCUAAGGAGUGGAGACACAGCCCGAUGCUUCUGCCGCUAAGUGACAACCAGGAUACCCAUGCGGAGCCGUAUGAGACAUCAGCCUACAUGGAGGCAUUCCAAAACAGGAAUGACACAACACUAGAAAGCCCUUCCCCUUCAACGCUCAGGAUGAAGAUCCAGGAGUCUCCCGUCGCCUGUGACUCAGGGAGGGUCGGAGGAGGCGGUUCGGACCCAGACUGCGACAAAUCGGGCUGUGAGGACGUGCCCCGAUUGGACCUGACAGCGCUGACGGAGGACAACAAUUGGGGAGAGCCUGUGCCUGCUUACCCCCUGCUGCAACGGGAGUGCAUGGACCGGGAGGAGGCGCGACUGUCUCCUCACGGCGGUGGGCGGCUUAUUAGACAGCUCCUGGACGAGGACAGUGACCCCAUGGUGUCCCCGCGCUUCUACGCCUACGGACACGGACAGCAGUAUUUGGAAGAUACAGAAGUGCCCCCAUCUCCGCCCAACGCACACUCCUUCGUCAGCCGCAGGCGGAGUUCGUCGCUCGGCUCCUGUGACGACGACCAAGAGGAGCUGACUUCAUUGCAGCUUACAAAGAGAAUUCACGUCCUCAAGAAAAAGAUCCACAGAUUCGACGAGAAGUUUGAGGAGGAGAGAAAGUACAGGCCUUCCCACAGUGACAAAGCUGCCAAUCCUGAAGUUCUCAGAUGGGUCACAGAACUAUCCAAACUCCGCAAAAUGCUCAAAGAACAGAGAAUACUGAAAUCCGAGGAGGACCUGACUCCAGUGACCCGCCAGCGCAGCAACACUCUGCCCAAGAGCUUCGGUUCCAAGCUGGAGAAGACCCCCAAGCCCCCGGCGGACAUCACACUGGAGAACAUUCAGAAGAAACUCCAGGAGAAGCGCGCCGAGGUCAACCGUCCCGAAGACAUCAAGGACAUGACCCGGGAGCAGAUCGCAGCGGAGAAAGUGGCCCUGCAGAAGUCUCUCCUCUACUACGAGAACAUCCACGGGCGACCGGUAACCAAGAACGAGAGGCAAACCAUGAAGCCCCUGUAUGAUCGAUACCGCCUGGUCAAGCAGAUCCUGUGCAGAGCCUCCACCAUCCCAGUCAUUGGCUCUCCCUCCAGCAAACGCAGAGGGCCGCUGCUACAGCCCAUAAUCGAGGGCGAAACCGCGCUCUUCUUCGAUGACAUAAAGGAGGAGGAGGACGGCUCGGAGGACGACUCGGACGUAAAGACUCAGGUCACGGUGACGGUCAGGGCCGAUCUGAGCGCGCUCAGUUUCAUGGAGCGCAUGGACGAGGAAGUGGACGGUUUCAUUUCACCUGUGGACGACCUGUCGCCGUCGCCCAACAGCGCGGACAUGGGGCUGUCCAACCUGCACGCCGCCACUAUUGAGGAACUCGUGGAGCAGCUGCAAGAGACGCGCGAAGAGAAAAAACGCCUCCGCAAGAACCUCAAGGAAUUUGAGGACCAGUUUUUUCGGCAAAACGGAAGGAAUGUUCAAAAGGAGGACCGCUCCCCUCUGGCAGUGGAGUACAGCGAAUACAAACACGUCAAGGCCAAGCUGCGACUCCUGGAAGUUCUCAUCAGCAAAAGAGACUCCAGCAAGAUCAUAUGA